AUGCUCAGAAUUGCGCGAGUGGUACUGAAGAGACUGAUCUCGCACCCUCAAGACGCUUUCAUUUCCGCCAGUGUGCCUAUCUCAGCAUACCUGCUGAUGGUAAAUGGUCUGCCAGCCUCCGGUGUCAAUGAUACCACUGGCAUUCACCCGGACUCCAAAGGCAAUCGUAGAAUUUUCAUCCACGUUAAUGAAGCCCUGGAAGAUCCAGCUGAACUGAUGGCGAGGCGAAUUGGUGGAAGUAGCACGAUUGAUGGACAUCUGGCAGGCUGCAAAAACGAGCCCGUAUCAUUCGUGCAAACAGGUGGCAUAUUGAAAAGGAGCGACACGACGAGUCCUCAUACACAGGCGAAUGUCACACGAGCAAAUUAUCGAAUUGCUGGAUAUGUCGUGUCGUAUGGUUCGUCGGCUUCGUGGUUCCGUUCACCUACACAAUGUAUCACCCUCAAUUCUGCGGGUACUCAAGUACAAGGUGACCCGACCAUUUGUGAUCACGUUCUCCAGCAUGCUAACACAAAACAAAUAUUUCUGCGCAUGGAGCAGCAAGUCGCGCGACAUCAUCCAGAAAAUAAACUUGAUGUAUCGCUGCCUGGUAGUCACUCCGACCACUCAGCAGACCACACCGUCCAUGGCCAGCCUCAAGUACAAGAGAAACACGUUGCACUACCGGAACCAGCACACCUUGACUCAACGGCUUCUUGCUUGCUUGUUACUCGGACCAUUCAAGAGGCAACGUCGCAUACAGCCGCUCUCAGCUCCACGGGUAAUUAUCUACAUCAUUUCAAUUAUGAAUUCACUGAACGGUGUGCCUGCGCGGACAUGUUGGAACUUUCAGACAAUAUAUUCUACAUGGCUCAUCCCUUAUGA